AUGUCGGGUCUGCCCGAGGCCAAGAGCAUAGAGGAGUUGAACCAACUUCUCUGCCAGUGCGCGGCACGGAUCUUUCCCCCGGUAGAUAAGCCUCAAAGACUUGCCGCUUGGCAGACGCCGGCCAUGGCCAUCGGCAUCCGAGGCAUGUGGACAGCGUACGCCCAGUGGAAGAACCAAGCCAAACGAGGCACGAGCGCCAUCCUGUCCGCAUGGCGAAGCUACUCGAAGUUCCGGAAGGCACAAAAGGACUUCAAGUGGGCAGGCAAACAGGCCCGCAAACAAUGGUUCACAGAUCGGCUUCACGACCUGACACAGGCCGCCGCCAGCAAGGACCUCCGCGCCCUCUAUGCGGGGGUCAGAAACAUUGCCCCUAAGAAACGGAGGGGAGAGAUUCAACUCAAAGACGAGAAAGGCCUCCUUCAGUCUGCCGAAGUCCAGCUUCGUCAGCUGCAACAGCACUACAAGCAAUUGUACACGCGGGAUCCUCAGCGCCCGCCGCCUUGCACUGAGCCUGAAGUUCGUAUUCAGGUAGAUGAAACUGAAGUCUACCAGGCCCUCUCCAGCCUUGUCGCGCACAAAGCUACCCCCCCUCAUUUAGCCUCGACUGCGAUGUGGCGCAGUUGCGCGGACAUCCUGGCCCCGGCCCUGACCACGUGGACGAGCCGCCUCCAGGCCGUGCCGGCCUUAUGGAAGGAUGCCUGGUUGGUCCUGAUACCGAAAAAGGUCCGGAUCAAAUCCCCCCGCGAUCUGCGCCCGAUCGGGCUGACCGAGGCCAGUGGGCGGGCACUUUCGCACGUUUUGCAGCAGAGACUCCGCCCCUACGUUGAGGCGUACCUGCAGAAGGCCUAUGCCGGAUGUCAACUUUCGUUGGACCUAUCAAGCGCGUUCGAUUUGGUUGAUUGGAGCCUGCUGCAGGACUCGCUCGAGGACGCGGGAGCUCCACACCUCUGUCACGGCCACACGCGGACUACGCCAAGGCGUCUGGAGGCGAUCCUCGACCCGCAGUGGCUUGCACGAGGUGCAACCACUUUCGCGGAUGAUUAUUUGCUUCAGGAUACCGCAGUGUCAUACCAAGAACUUGAGCGUGCACAUCAUCGCUUCGCCUCGGUCUUGGAUGCGCUCAUUGACCAUGGUAUGAAGAUCAAUACCCAGAAGUCAGCGUUCCUGAUGCGAUACAGAGGCCACUUCGCGCGCAAAUGGCUGAAACAGCAUCUAAUCCGCACUCCGGAGGGGGAAGCCAUCCGGAUCCGCACCCCCAAGGCUCGACUGUUUGAAUUCCCGCUGAAGGAUAAGCAUGUCUACCUAGGAGUCGUCAUCGGCUACCACUCGCCGUCCAAACAAACGGUCACCCACCGUCUACAGGAGGCCAAUGGCACGUGGCAGCGCCUUCGGAAAGUAUUGUGCUCGCAAUCCUCCCUCCCCACACAGGAGCGGGUUAAACUUUGGCAGUCCACCGUCCUACCGACCAUGCUCUACGGCGUGGCGGCCUCAUCACCAGGACAUAAGGACAUCCAACGCAUGCAGCACGUGGCCACAAGACACCUUCGGGCCAUCACCAGAUCGUUUGCCCACCUGAGCAAGGAACCCACAGCCAAGCUGCUUGCCAGGACUGUGGGGAGCACUUUCGCUCCUUUCGCCUUCUUCGGGUGCAUGAGGGCUUGCCAAUCUGCGCCUUCUGCCACCACGACUUUAGGAGGUGGCACAAUCUCUCCCAGCAUAUCCGAUGGCACAGAUGCUACGCCUGGAGGUCCCAACAUGUACCUGAACCUCACCAAGCUCCAAUUCGCCAUGACUCCGCCACCUCAAGUGGACAUGGACCUGGAUCUCCAAGAGACCCAGUUCUUCCAGAGAUUCUCCCACAAGAGAGGAUCGGAGCUGAAGGUGGAGGACUACGCCGAUGGUUACGGCCAGCACGGCACCCCGUGGAUGGGCUCGCACGACAACCGGCCGGAGGAGCACAUGCAUUACCACCUCAGGAAGCUCACCCAGGUGGUUCUCAGGCAGGAGCAAGAGCCGGCCAAGAUCCAGUACUCCCUAAAGAUCAUGCUGUUCAAACAGCUGCUCAUGAGCCUCCACGAACGACUCCAAGAGACGGCUGCAAAUCAGGAAGCCAUGAAGGCGGCCAGGGACUUGAACUGGAUCGACAGCCACCAGCAGUGGCAAGUCCUACGCUGGUGUGCCGAGACCCAGCAGCUCAAGCUCGUGCCACAGGCGGCCACCAAGUCUACCGAGGACCUACUCAGGCAGCUCGUGGAGAUCCGGAAGAAUGUGACGGAGGAGACACUGCACCAUUUCAAGAGCGUCCGCAAGCUGGUGCCCAAUCCGACAACGCAGUGGGUCCAGUUCCAGGUGGAGGUCUCCCUCAGGCCGGGCGGCCACCCGAUAUGGACCAUCCUUCAGGAGUGGGUGGGCAUGGCGGCGUGGCACACAAUCGGUUGCCGUCUCCGUCGAGACCGCCCGGGCUACGACAACGCGAUCGACGAGCUGUACCAGCUGAACCGGUGGU